UUAUAAUCCCUCCUCAUGUCCCAGUAACCUUUCUACACCUAUAGACCUAGGUUUAUCUCGAUGUGGAAUGUCAAUUAAUUAAUUCCCUUGACGUUUCAGUUCACCUUCAUCAUGGCUACAGAGGCUACGCUAGCAAGCUCCGAAGCUCGCGAGCUGAGCUUGAUAUCCAAGGUUGAGCUUAGGAUUGCACUGGCGGAUACCGAUGCCAAACUUGAAAGCCUUCUUCAUACUUAUCUAGCACCAUUAUUGCUCAAGCUGGGUUCUGACAGUCUUGCUGUUCGCAACAAAGUUAUUGCAGUGUGCCAGCAUGUCAACACUAGAGUCCAAGCUCCGUCCAUUAAGCUGCCUGUGACGGCUUUGCUCAAGCAAUUCAAAGAGCAGAAGUCUCAGCUCAUCCGACAUUUUGAUCUGAUAUAUCUUCAGCAAGGUAUUGAUCGUCUGGGUUCAACCGCAAGAAUCGAGAUUCUGCUUCCCCUGCUUCAGGGCAUCUCCGAGAUUGGAACAUCGGUCAACCAAGCUGCCGUGGUAUUCAAUCUUGUCCUGCGGCUUCUGCCCUUGCUCAAGUUACCCCCCAAAGAUAGUGACGACGAUGUGCAGUUGAAGUCUCGACUAGGUCUUUCCGACCAAGACACCAAAUUCCUGUCCGCAUGGUUCGAGAAAUUGCUGCUUCUGUUCCCCGCAGAUAAGAGUUCGCCCACCUGUCCUGGGUUGACUCCCGGAGAUUACACGUUCCUGAAUAAGGGUGCACCUGUAACCGAGACCUGGAACCCAUCUUCUGAAGGUGGCCUGAAUCUGACUGAGACUAAAGUCAACGCCCUAAGAUUUCUCGCUAGUGGAGCUUUCAGUCACACAGAGCGGUUUCUACCUGCUCUGAUUGCCUCUGCGGAUGCGAACUCCCGCCUUUCUGACAUUGGCGAAGAGCUUCUCAAGCGAUUCGUCCCCGACUUGGAGGAGCCAGAUGUCAUACAGCAGCUCUAUGACUUGUACUUUGGAUCUGAAACGCCUGACGGCGCACCGCCGGCGCGACCUGCUCUGCAGACCAGAAUCCUGGUUUUUCUCGGAAAAUCAAUCAGAGCAACAAAGGCUAAAUGGAGAGUCAUUCGGGUCAUUGAGGAUGGCCUUCUGUCAGAUACCGCACGGUCUUCCCAGGGAUUACAGGCCUCGAAGUUGAGGACACAAAUAUUCAACUUUACCACCUGGGUUGUUAGAAUGGGCUCCCUGUCUGACCUUGAAGAAAUGGCACCUAAGCUUUUGACGGGCCUAAGGGACUUCAUCCAGUCUCAAGGAUGGCCGAGCCCCGGGGCCAGUGGGCAGAAGCUUCCAUCUACGGAUCUGAGUCUAAGGGGCCUUGCAUACGAAACUAUCGGUAUUAUGGUUCCCAAGGCCAACUUUGGAGUGCAUGAUGGCGAGGAAAGUCUCUCUGGGUUCGAGCUAAUCCAAUGGCUAUUCACUUCGUUGAACUCCGAUGACUCGAGCUCUCAGAUCUUUGUGAGCAUUGAACAGGCCCUGGGAAGCAUCCUCAACUCCUCGAUAGACAGUUGGGAUAACGAUUUUCACGAUCAACUACGGCCUUUCCUCGUUCGGCAGAUGAACAAUUAUCCGGGAGGAGAGGACUCCAUGACCGGGUUCAGUGUUGUCCGCGGCCCACAGUACGCUGCUGUGCGUUUUGCGAACAGGUUUCUACCAUACAACGAUGUUGUUGCACGCUGGAUAGACCUCAUGGCAAUCGCACGCGGGUCAGAAAGCCGCCAGGAAGUAAUGGAAGAAGGCAAAAAAGGCCUGCACCCAUUUUGGUACCGGCUUCUGAGCCCUUCUUACGACAGACAGCCGGCUACUUCGGCAUCCAAGGACUCUACAUGGUAUGAUUUCCCAAAGUUUUCGGAACUUUCCCGUUUCCUACUUGGCUCGGUCACCUCAAAUGGAGUGUCGGGUUUGUCGGCCUCGGAAAUCAUAUCCGGACCCUACAAGAACGCUUUUGUUUCCACCAUAUCGUUCGUUCGGAAUGUCUUGCUAUGGGAGUCGCUCUCCGCUUCUGAUACCGGCAUUGAAAUAGAUCAAGACUGGGACACGAAGCUUGAUGUGAUGCUUUCAUCCAAUGAGCAAGCACGAUUGUCGCUGAAACAGUACAUUCGAGUUGCGGAUCAAGAAGCAGUUGUACUCUUUCUAAACAGUGCUUUGGCUGGCCUCGCCCGUGAUAGUCGGGAGGGCCUGCAGCCGUGCGGAGUGCAAUUUUUCAGUAUUUGCUCUUUGGCCUCAAAUGACGUUCUCGAGUCGGUCGUCCCACAGACGCUGGUACUGAGAACACCUUUGAAGAGCAAUGACCAAGAUAUUCAGGCCAUGGCCGCCCGCGCAAUUGGAGUUCUGGCUUCUCAUCCAUCCCUUCCUGAGAACGACCUCAUGUCACUGAUCGCAGAGUGUUCGGAACGUAUAGCGUCAUGGAAGUCCGCAAUCGGCGAAGGUGCACUUCAGGUUCGAGGGGCAGUAUUGGCGCUGUCAUAUAUCUUGAGCCGACUUGCUCUCCGCAACAUGACAAACAAAGUGGCUGACGCACAUGUGGGUCAAUUUGUUCAGGUUAUCUGUGACAUGCUCGAAAAUGCGCGCGAUUCACUACUUCGGCGUUCUGCACAGAUAGCAAUUGGGCAACUCAGUCUCUCUCGAAUCUUGUUCCAUUCUAUGCUUUCUGAAGUAAAUUGGAAGACGAUCCGAGAAUCCCUGAUACGGGAUGCAAAGGCCGAAAGCGAAGUGGCCAUAAUGGCGUUGGGGCUUUUAUCUCUCAUCUCCCCCGAGUAUAACUCCGACAAUUCAUAUUUCAGUGCCCUCACAGACGCUCUCUAUGGUCUACAUGAAAUUCGGAGCCCUGAAAUACAUUUUACUGUCGGCGAAGCACUGAGCAAUGCUGCCGCGGGCUGGAACUCGAAAUCAUUGGGUCCGGAAUUCGAUGUGGAUGAAGAGUCUCCUGUCUCGAACGUGCCGGAAUUCGUGGUUGCUAAUGUGGGCGACACGAUAAUAGCAAACUGCGGUGCACCGAAACCGUCCCUCAGAAGGGCAUCUGCCAUUUGGCUGCUUAGUCUGGUCAAAGAUUGUGGCCAUUUACACCCAUUACAGGCCCGCCUGCGUGAAUGUCAGAGCGCAUUUAGCAACUUACUUGUUGAUCGGGACGAGGUGGUUCAAGAGACUGGUGCACAGGGAUUGAGUCUUGUAUACGGCAUGGGUGACCAAGGACUGAAGGACGAUUUGGUGCGCGACCUGGUCAACUCAUUCACUGAAAACAGUUCAACCCUCGCGGGUGGCAAAGUGAGCCAAAAUACUGAGCUGUUUGAGCCCGGGGCUCUCCCAACUGGGGGCGGUUCCUCAGUCAAUACCUACAAAGACAUAAUGAAUCUUGCAUCCGAAGCCGGUGACCCAACCCUCGUGUACCGCUUCAUGUCAAUGGCUUCAAACAAUGCCCUCUGGUCGAGCCGGGCGGCAUUUAGCAAGAUGGGCAUCAGCAAUAUCUUUUCCGACUCUAGCGUCAACGGUUAUUUGGCAAAGAAUCCCAAGAUCUAUCCCAAGCUAUUCCGCUACCGGUUCGACCCGAAUCCCAAUGUCCAACGGUCGAUGAAUACUAUUUGGCGAGCCUUGGUCAAAAACCCCAUGGAAGUGCUGGAAGCUCAUUUUGAUGAGAUCAUGAACGACUUGCUGAGGAGCAUGUUGGCCGGUCGGGAAUGGAGAGUUCGGCAGGCAAGUUGUACAGCAAUAGCGGACUUGCUCCAGGGACGCCAGCCCGAAAAAUACGCCAAGUACAUGGAUGAGAUCUUUACCAAGGCCUUCAAGCUUCUAGAUGAUAUCAAGGAGACCGUCCGAGUGUCGGCAUUGAAGCUUUGCCAAACCAUCACCAAUGCUAUCAUUCGCACUCUGGAGACAAGCGACACGGACACAAAGCGGGCCGAUGCCAUGCUUCGAAGUGCCAUCCCAUUCUUGUUGAGUGACAAAGGCAUGGAAUCUGGAGUCGAAGAGGUCCAAGGAUUUGCCAUUGGGGCGUUGAUCCAGAUGAUCAGGAAAAUCCCUGGCGGUCCAUUGCGACCGUUUAUACCCCGCAUAAUGGAGCAGUUUCUCAACUCCCUGAGUUCUCUGGAACCUCAGGCGGUCAACUAUGUUCACCUCAACGCAGAUAAGUACGGACUGACAGGCCAGGAAAUUGACAAGAUGAGACUGUCCAGCAUUCGCGCGUCUCCCAUGAUGGAGGUCAUUGAAAGAUACCUCAUUGAUAUGUUGGAUGAGCACAGCAUGAAAGAGUUUGCGGCCCAGCUUGAAGGCGUGUUGCGUUCGGCGGUUGGACUUCCAUCGAAAGUUGGCUGUAGCCGUGUUUUGGUUCUCCUGAGUAUGCGAUCCAUGCUAUUCCGUCCCUAUGCGGAUCGUUUCAUCCAGCUCCUCGGCAAAUACGUGGUGGAUCGCAAUGACACCGUCAGUGCAUCCUAUUGUACAUCCAUAGGCUACCUCCUGCGUUUAGCCUCGGAUGGUCGAGUCCUCAAAACAAUCGAGCACGCCAAAGAGCUGUACUUGACCGCUGAAGACACCAAUCAGCGGGCCAUUGCAGCUGAAAUCUUACAAGCUGCCUCGAAGUUAUCCAAUGACCGGUUCAUGGCAUUCGCUACGACUGCACUACCGUUCAUCUUUGUGUCGAAGAGUGACUUGGAUGAGCACGUAAGAGAGGUGUUUGAGAAGACAUGGCAAGAUAAUGUGGGUGGCAACCGCACGGUAUCCCUCUACAUCAGAGAAAUCACGGACCAUGUCUCCGCCAAUUUGGAGUCGGCUCGUUGGGCUAUCAAACAUACGGCGGCUCUGGGGCUUGCAAAGGCUAUCAUGUCGCUGGACUCCGAGAUUGAUCUCUCAACCAGUGAGUAUAUAUGGCCCGUACUGGAGAAAGCUUUGGCUGGGAAAACGUGGGAUGGCAAAGAGAUUGUCUUGGAAGCCUUCGUGAAAUUUUCAACCCAGGCGAAGAAAUUGUGGCAAGAGAAGCCAGCCUUCGGUGAGACAAUGAAGACUAUUGCCAUUAGGGAAGCGAAGCGGAAUAAUCCCACAUAUCGCCCCCAUGCGCUUAUUGCUCUCGGUGGGGUUUCUCAAGCACGCAAAGACCUAGAUCUGGUGCCAGAUGCUAUAGGCAUUGUCACCCGAGUACUAGACGAGAUCGAAGACCAAGGGGAUCCGAUGGAUGUAGAUUCAGGCAAGGGCCAAAAACCCAAACAAACCCUGGAUGACACGUUGGCGGCUUGUGUGGCAUGUCUCUUACAAUGCCUCAGUCCUGCAUCGCAUACUUCAGCAGAGACCAUCCACGGACAUCUGGAAAAGUCGAGGCCGGUGUUGCACAGGGUGGUGAGCCAUGGGGGCAGAAACGUGCAGGUCACGCUGCACCGACAGCUGCGCGCACUAUUUGACCAAAUCGGGACGUGGGCAUCGGACCGGAGUGGCGAACGCGAUCUACGCGGGUCUCAGGAAUCCUUGGCGGCGCUAGCCAGCGAGAUGUUCUCCCAGGAGAUAGACCUCUCCGUCGAAACCAUUCGCACUGAGCGCGCCCAGGCAGCGGUCGCAUACGUCAAGCUCUGCGGGCAGACUGGCCUCCCGCUCGACGAGGCGCUCCAGAAGUCGCUGAAGAGCUGGCGGGAAGAUGAGAGAUCGGGGCCAGUACGACAGAUCCUGGAUCGGGCACUCGUCAACCUGCAAUGACUCCUGUGACAUGGUUACAUAUGCGGGGGAGCAUGUCUCAGGUCGGAACAUUUGAUCAUGGGACUAGCGUCGGUACGGUAUGGAGCCGACGCAUGCAUGACUGCACAUAUGUACCUGCUAUCUACCUGGCUCAGCUCCGUCGGUAUGAGGUACGGUAUUGUCAGGAAUAGUAGUAGUGCCACCCCUGAAUCGUCCGUCCCAAUCAGGACGCUUGCACCAGAAAGGGGCGGAGGGGGAUUCAUGGUGCCAGCAUCGGGGAUUCGGCCGGUGCCUUGGGCAGGAGUACCUAAGUCCCAAGGACCAAGUAGAUAGGCACAUAGCCAAAGUGCAUGGCACCCAACUUUAACCUGCCUCUGUAGCGUGCUGCAGGCCUGCGCCUAACCAAUCAUCCUAAAACCAAGCCACCACCGGCCGGAGAAGAAGACCUCCGUCCC